GAAUUGUGUGUGAUGGCGUUAAAGCCUCUUUUAGUUCGUAACCGAUGAAAUGACAGUAAUAGCCUUGAGAAACACUGAAAAUUACAGAAAGAGAGUUUGAACUUUGAAGACAAAACAGGUGUUUCUAUUUCUCUCCCCGUUCACGUUCUGCAACAUCGGAAGCACGUACGGCUCCUAAGACUCCGUUUUGCUUCUUUUUUUUUAAAACACAUUCUUAUUAUAAAUAUAAAAAAAACAAAGAGAGAUCAAAAACAAAAAGUUUCCUCUCUUUUUCUAAUUUUUUAAAGUUUCUUUCAUCUUCUUCAGAUCCGAAUUGUCGCCGCGAAAUUCGUCAGUGCAGCUUCUUCUUCUUCGCGUACUUUAUUCGAUCGGCUGUCUGAAGAACAUGAAGCCGAUGAUCGUAGUUGCUGCUAGUUACGGUGGAUUGAUGUUUGGAUGGACGCAGAAAUUUUGAUGUGGGUUUAGUCUAAAAGGUGAAGAACAAUGCUCGGGAAUCAAUCCGCGGAUUUUAGUGAGAAGGGGGAAGAUGAGAUCGUCAGACAGCUUUGUGCUAAUGGGAUUUGCAUGAAAACAACUGAAGUUGAAGCAAAGCUUGAUGAAGGAAAUAUUCAAGAAGCUGAAUCUUCUUUGAGAGAAGGAUUAUCUCUCAAUUUCGAGGAAGCAAGAGCACUUCUUGGAAGAUUGGAAUACCAAAGAGGGAAUUUAGAAGGCGCACUUCGUGUCUUUGAAGGUAUCGACCUUCAAGCAGCUAUCCAGCGGUUACAGGUUUCCGUGCCUCUUGAGAAACCGGCUACUAAGAAAAACCGUCCCCGUGAACCGCAGCAAUCAGUUUCUCAGCAUGCUGCUAACUUGGUCCUUGAAGCUAUCUACUUGAAAGCCAAAUCCCUUCAAAAGCUUGGGAGAAUAACUGAGGCUGCUCAUGAAUGCAAGAGUGUUCUUGAUUCUGUUGAGAAGAUAUUUCAGCAAGGGAUACCAGAUGCUCAAGUGGAUAACAAACUUCAAGAAACCGUUAGCCACGCCGUUGAACUACUUCCUGCGCUAUGGAAAGAAUCUGGUGAUUAUCAAGAAGCCAUAUCUGCUUAUAGACGCGCGCUUUUAAGCCAAUGGAAUCUUGAUAAUGAUUGUUGUGCAAGGAUUCAAAAAGAUUUUGCAGUCUUUCUUUUACAUUCUGGAGUCGAAGCGAGUCCACCGAGUUUAGGUUCUCAGAUAGAGGGAUCGUACAUACCUAGAAACAACAUAGAAGAAGCCAUUCUUCUUCUAAUGAUUCUUUUAAAGAAGUUUAACCUCGGGAAAGCGAAAUGGGAUCCGUCUGUGUUUGAGCACCUUACCUUUGCGUUAUCUUUAUGUAGUCAGACCGCGGUUCUCGCCAAGCAGCUUGAAGAAGUAAUGCCUGGUGUGUUUAGCCGUAUUGAGCGUUGGAACACUUUGGCUCUUUCUUAUAGUGCAGCAGGUCAAAACAGUGCUGCAGUUAACCUUCUUAGAAAGUCUCUGCAUAAACACGAACAACCCGAUGAUCUUGUGGCGCUUUUGUUAGCUGCUAAGCUUUGCAGUGAAGAGCCUUCUUUAGCUGCUGAAGGUACGGGUUAUGCGCAGAGAGCGAUAAACAAUGCUCAAGGUAUGGAUGAGCAUUUGAAAGGCGUUGGUUUGAGGAUGUUAGGACUUUGUUUAGGGAAACAAGCGAAGGUUCCGACAUCGGAUUUUGAAAGAUCUCGGCUGCAAUCAGAAUCAUUGAAAGCAUUAGAUGGAGCUAUAGCUUUUGAGCACAAUAAUCCUGAUUUGAUCUUUGAGUUAGGUGUUCAAUACGCUGAGCAACGGAACUUAAAAGCUGCUUCCCGUUACGCCAAAGAGUUCAUCGAUGCAACGGGAGGGUCAGUGUUAAAAGGAUGGAGAUUUCUCGCGCUUGUUUUGUCAGCUCAACAACGGUUUUCAGAAGCAGAAGUUGUGACUGAUGCUGCUUUAGAUGAAACUGCAAAGUGGGAUCAGGGACCUCUCUUGAGACUCAAAGCAAAGCUGAAAAUCUCUCAGUCAAAUCCAACAGAAGCCGUUGAGACUUAUCGUUACCUUCUUGCAUUGGUUCAAGCGCAAAGGAAAUCUUUCGGACCUCUCAGAACUCUUUCUCAGAUGGAGGAAGACAAAGUGAAUGAGUUUGAAGUGUGGCAUGGCUUGGCUUAUCUUUACUCAAGCCUUUCGCAUUGGAACGACGUAGAAGUCUGUCUGAAAAAAGCCGGAGAGCUGAAACAAUACUCUGCUUCAAUGUUGCAUACAGAAGGUCGAAUGUGGGAAGGACGAAAGGAGUUCAAACCCGCGCUAGCAGCUUUCUUGGACGGUUUAUUACUAGACGGAUCAUCGGUUCCUUGCAAAGUAGCGGUUGGAGCGUUAUUGUCCGAAAGAGGGAAAGAUCAUCAGCCAACUCUCCCCGUGGCUAGAAGUUUGCUCUCUGAUGCAUUGAGGAUCGAUCCAACAAACCGAAAAGCUUGGUAUUACUUAGGAAUGGUUCAUAAAUCUGAUGGACGUAUAGCUGAUGCUACUGAUUGCUUCCAAGCUGCUUCUAUGCUUGAAGAGUCUGAUCCUAUUGAAAGCUUCUCAACCAUUCUUUAAAAAUCCAUCAUAAAGAUUUAUAUUCAUAUGUUCAUUUUUUGUCUGUCAUCUCAUGUACAAUUUUAAACCUUCUUAAUUUCUUCAAACUAAAUAUAUAUUACAUUGUUCGUUAGUUCUUUAUGUUUAGAACUUUAGAUGCUGAAUUUUGGAUACGCUUUCGAGUUUU